AAGUUUUAAAAAGUAGCAUACAUAAGUCUUAUAAGUCUGAAGCAGUAAAAAUUUUAUGUACAAAAUAAAACAUUUAUCUUUAUACCAAACUUGAAAAUAACCAAGUCAGCAUCAGACCAGUCGGCAUUGUAUAAUCAAACCAACAUCAGAAACUCAUAUAAGGCCUCCACUUAACAGAAGAAGAAACGGAAGAAUUGAAUAAAUGUCUUCCCGUAUCGCGAAUGGAACUAGAGUAGUCAAUGGUGAAGGGAGAGGUGGAGGGGAUUUUGGAGAAGGGACAUGCAUUCUGGUGACUGGGGGUGCUGGAUUUAUCGGCUCAAUUGUGACCUUGGAGCUUCUGGUCAAGGGCUUACAAGUGGUCGUCGUUGACAACUGCUCAAACUCAUACAUUGCCAAGGGUGCUGAAAAACCGGAGAGUUUAAUUCGAGUUGAGAAGCUGGCCAAUGGGAAGACAGGGAAGAAAAAAGAAGUCACUUUCUACCUGAUGGACAUUCUGGAGAAAGAUAAACUACUCACAAUUUUCCAAGAGCACAAUUUUUUCUGCGUGAUGCAUCUAGCUGGUCUGAAGUCGGUGGGGGAGAGCGUGAAAUAUCCCCUGAAGUACUACGAGGUGAACAUGGGCAUAGCCACUAAUCUGCUCAGAUGUAUGGACCAAACUGGCGUCACCAACUUCGUAUUCGCCAGCAGUUCCACAGUGUAUGGGCCAGUGCCGUGUGAACAACUGCCGAUAACUGAGGAGCAGCCGACUGGCAACUGCACGUGUGCAUAUGGGAGAACCAAGUACUUCAUUGAAGAGAUGCUCAAGGACUGCUGUCGGGCCAACCCGGCAGCUUACGAUAUUGUGUAUGGGCCAGUGCCGUGUGAACAACUGCCGAUAACUGAGGAGCAGCCGACUGGCAACUGCACGUGUGCAUAUGGGAGAACCAAGUACUUCAUUGAAGAGAUGCUCAAGGACUGCUGUCGGGCCAACCCGGUGAGUCGAGUAUAA